UUUUGACGUGUGGUUUCGCGAGGACAGCAACAGGAAGUAAUAAGUGAACAUUUUCAGAAUAAACAAUCGUGAUAGGAUAGUACAGUAGUGAAGAUAGAAUAUCCUAAUCGUGCACAGAACGCUGUUCAAAUAGUUUUUGUGUCUUUUCUCUAAAGACACACAGGAUGAGUAUCAAUGACUUUGCUGUCAUCAGCACUGGACGAAAGAUGCCCCUUGUGGGACUAGGGACGUGGAAGAGUGAACCUGGAAAGGUAAAACAGGCCGUUAUUUGGGCAUUGCAAUCUGGCUAUCGGCACAUUGACUGUGCUCCCAUUUAUGCAAACGAGCCAGAGAUCGGUGAAGCUUUUCAGGAAAUGCUGGGGCCUGACAAAGCCUUAAGACGAGAGGAUGUAUUUGUGACUUCCAAACUGUGGAACACAAAACAUCACCCAGAUGAUGUAGAGCCAUCUCUGUUAAAGACCCUCAAAGACCUGAAGCUGGAAUACCUGGACCUCUACCUAAUCCAUUGGCCAUGUGCCUUCCAACAAGGUGAUAACCCUUUCCCUAAAAAAGAGGAUGGAACCUUGCUCUAUGACGACAUCGACUAUAAACUGACAUGGGCUGCUAUGGAAAAGCUUGUGGGAAAGGGUCUUGUCAGGGCCAUUGGGCUCUCUAACUUCAACAGCAGACAGAUCGAUGACAUUUUAUCAGUUGCAAGCAUCAAACCUUCUGUUUUGCAGGUGGAGUGUCAUCCAUACCUUGCACAGGUUGAGCUGCAAGCUCACUGUCGUGAUCGGGGUUUGGUCAUGACUGCAUACAGUCCACUUGGAUCUCCUGACCGAGCCUGGAAGCAUCCAGAAGAGCCCGUUCUGUUGGAAGAACCAGCCAUUGCUACACUAGCCAAGAAGUACAACAAGAGUCCUGCUCAAAUUAUCAUCAGGUGGCAAACUCAGCGAGGAGUAGUGACUAUCCCAAAGAGCAUCACAGAGUCUCGGAUCAAAGAGAACAUCCAGCUAUUCGAUUUCAGUCUUGAACCUGAGGAAAUAUGUCAAGUGACUGCAUUGAAUAGAGGUUGCCGUUAUAUUGUGCCAACAAUUACUGUUGAUGGAAAGCCAGUACACCGCGAUGCAGGACAUCCUCACUACCCUUUCAAAGACCCCUAUUAAUACACACUUGUACAAGAUGCUGUGCCUUGGAACCAAUGUCAAUUCAGUUCUCUGUAUAAUUGUAAACAAUAAAAGUUUUGUUACAUAUUGA